AUGGCGCGAUGUCGACGGAAACGAAAAAUGUGCAAAACUCGUUGCCGCACCAAACAAGGCCGAUUUAAACGUUGCCGAUCCGGAGACAGGCGGUACAGCAUUAGAUCUGGCUGUAGGAGACGCAGCCAUCGCCGCUCUAGAUGCAGACGUAGGGGACGUUACCAAUGGCGUUGUCGCUCACGUUCCGGCUCGUUCAAGAGAUGUCGCUACUGUGACAGGCGGUACAAGAUAAGGCGCCGAUCAUAUUCGUACUGA